GAAUUUUUGAUUAGAACAUGAGAAAAAAUAAGUUCAUACCUUCAUCUCACUCGCUAAUCUGGGACUAACAAUAAUCCCUUCUCGCUACACAAAAACAAUCCCCAAAUUUUCACCAUUCAUCAAAGAUCAAAUCCCUAAUUGCUACACAAAAUUCCCCUCAAAUCUACCCAAUUCAUCAUACCCUAACCCCCCCCCUUUCAUAAUUACACUUUCAAUCAGGUUAACCCUUAAAUCCUUUAAAAUUUCAAUCAAUUUUCAGAUUCUUUGUAUUAUUGUGCUUGAAAGAUUUGAUCUAUAAUGAUGGACUCAUUUUUUCAGCGUUCUUUAGAGGAUUUAAUCAAGGGAAUUAGGUUACAUGCCCCAGAUUCCAUAACAUCCAUUUCAACUUUUCUUUCAAAAGCCAUGGAAGAAAUUCAUAAAGAAAUUAGGUCAAAUGACCCACAUACAAAAUCUACUGCUCUUCUUAAACUUACUUAUCUUCAUUCUCUUUAUGGGUUUGACAUGAAUUGGGCUGCUUUUCAUGUAGUUGAAGUCAUUAGUUACCCACAAUUUUCUCUAAAAAAGAUUGGGUAUUUAGCUGCUACAUUGUCUUUUAAUGAAUCUACUGAAGUUCUUCUUCUUGUAACAAAUCAAUUUAGGAAAGAUCUUUCAAGCCCUAAUGAUUUUGAGGUGAGCCUUGCUCUUCAAUGUAUAUCAGUUAUUGCUACACCUGAUUUAUCUUGUGAUUUAUGCAAUGAUGUUUUUACUUUAUUGUCAAGUACUAGAAUUUAUGUUAAAAAGAAGGCAAUUGCUGUUUGUUUGAGGGUUUUUAGUAAGUACCCAGAUGGGGUUAGGAUAUGUUUUAAGAGAUUAGUUGAUAAUCUGGAAAGUUCUGAUCUUCAAGCUGUUUCAGCAGCUGUUGGGGUGUUGUGUGAGCUCACAUUGCGAGACCCGAAAGCCUAUUUGCCUUUAGCGCCCGAGUUUUACCGCGUUUUGCUUGAUUGUAAGAAUAAUUGGGUGUUGAUUAAGGUGUUAAAGAUAUUUGCUAAGUUGGCUGUUUUAGAACCUAGGCUAGGUAAAAAGAUUGUUGGUCCGAUUUGCGAGAUGAUGGAGCGAACCAUGGCAAAGUCAUUGUUGUUUGAGUGCGUUCGAACUGUUGUAAGUAGCUUGAGUGAUCAUGAAUCUGCUGUUAAAGUUUCCGUUUUGAAGAUUAAGGAGUUUUUGUCCGAGGAUGAUCCUAAUUUGAAGUACCUUGGUUUACAAGCACUUUCGGAUCUUGCUGAGGGUAACUUGUGGGCUGUGUUAGAGAAUAAGGAUGCUGUGGUAAAGUCUCUUAGUGAUGUGGAUCCCAAUAUUAAGUUAGCGUCGUUGCGUCUUCUUAUGGCUAUGGUAUCGGAGGAUAAUGUGGCCGAAAUUACUAGGGUUUUGGUUAAUUAUGCGCUAAAGUCUGAUCCUCACUUCUGUAAUGAGAUCCUUAGAUCAAUACUAGUUACUUGCUCUAGAAAUUAUUACGAGAUUGUUUUUGAUUUUGAUUGGUAUGUAUAUCUUCUCGGUGAAAUGGCUAGGGUUCCACACUGUCAAACCGGGGAGCAGAUUGAGAGCCAGCUUGUUGAUAUUGGUAUGAGAGUAAAGGAUGCCAGACCAGAGUUAGUUAGAGUUGGCCGUGAUCUUUUAACUGAUCCCGCGUUACUUGGUAACCCGUCUUUACAUGGGAUAUUAUCUGCCGCUGCUUGGGUUUGUGGUGAGUAUGUCGAGUUUUCAAAAAACCCGUUUGAAUUGGUGGAAGCAUUGUUGCAGCCACGUACUAGCUUACUACCACCCUCAAUACGAGCUGUCUACAUUCAAUCCACAUUUAAGGUUUUCGUGUUUUGUCUUCAGUCUUGUCUCUGGCGGCAAGAUGAAGUCGACUAUGACAUGGAUCCUAAAAGUCGUAGUUUUUCUAAUAUGAGGGACUCCGAUAUGUCUUUUGAUGAUAAUGACAAUGACAACGACGAUGCCUUGCAAGAGCCGGCCACUUUAUCACUGUCUAAGACCGAAACUUGCUCCGAAGAAGCUAUCGUCAAGUUAAUAGAUCUUAUUGAAACAACUUUAGGACCAUUAUCUUGGACCCAUGAAGUGGAAGUACAAGAGCGAGCUCGAAAUAUUCUUGGCGUUGUGCAAUUAGUGAAGCCUGAUAUUCGUUCUUGUUCUGGUCAGCACAGAGACGAAUCAGGGAAGAAAGAAACUAAAGUGUCUGAAAUAACUAAAUUCUUGGAUGAUCUUUUCACGGAAGAGCUCGGUCCAAUCUCUGUAAAUGCUCAAUCUAGAGUUCCUGUACCCAGUGAUCUUACACUCGUAGAUAACCUCUCUGAUUUGGACAUGAUUUAUAGUGAUAUUCAGAUUAGUCCCGCAUCGGUCUUUUCUCUUGGAACUUCUCAUUCCAAAGAGAAAACCGAUGAUGUUCGUUCUAACGGGCCAGGUAAAGAAGAUGUGGAAUCAUCCGGUGAAUCCACAUCGUUGCUUGCUAUGCAUCGUAAACGACAUGGAUUAUAUUAUCUUUCUUCGGAGGCAGGAUCAAAUGAUUACCCUCCUGCCAACGAAAGCAAAGCUGCGGAUAAUCAAGGCGAUGAGGUGAAUGAUCUUGUGAAAUUGACGGGGCAAUCACUUACACUUAAAAAAAAGCCGCAACAUGCUAAGCCUCGUCCUGUGGUGGUUAAACUAGACGAGAGCGAGAAUUUCAUACCCACGAAGAAGUUAGAAGUUACGAAUGACUUGCUUUCGGGUGCUGUUACAGACGUUCUUUUAGGCAAUAACGAGGUUUCUACUUCAUCAAAGUACGGGGAAGCUGAUAAGUUAUCGAUCAAAAGGAGAGGGAAGGAAACACUUGUCAUUGGCGGUCCUCCUGAUUCGAGGGAAGAUUCUGGUGCAGCAGAUUUCGAGGUCGGGAAUCCAAGCUCUGGGAGAAGCAAACAUAAGGAGAGGCGACAUCGUAGCCAUGAUGAAAGUGGUAAAGGGAAAGAAGAAAGAAGUCGAAAGGAGAAGAAAAAGAGCAGUCAUCACCGUCAAAGCCGACAAAAGGCGACAGAGAAACAAGGCGACUCGAAUGUUGCUAUACACAACCAGAAAAUACCCGAUUUUCUGUUAUAGUAGGAAAAAAACGAGUGAUUUGUAUAAAUCUAUGUUUGGUUUUGGAAAUGAUCAAGCUUUUUUCAAUCCCUUCGGAGAUUGAGGUGUGUUUUUGCAUUGGUCUUUCCUUCAAUUUUAUUCAUGAAGUUGUUCUUUGACUUUGUUUAUGUUAUUGUAUUGCUUUCUUUUGUAACACAUUCAUUUACUUAUUGCAAAGGAAACCUUUUUCACAA